AUGGUGGCUCCACUGCUAGGACUGGCCAUUCUAUAUCUAACUACCAGUCCCUUUACACCCAUAUUUGCAUGCAUAUCUUUGUAUCCUUUCCCUCCUCCAGCCCUGCAGAUCAACCCCAAUGGAGAGGUGGUGUACCAGGACGCCAGUGUGUAUGGGGUAGUGGGCAAAGCUGUGAUCCUUGAGUGUGGUCCCUCUGUACCUGACAUGUACAUAUGGAGCUUCACCAAGCCUGGUACUGAAGGCAUAAAAGCAGUGGUGUAUAAUGUGGGACGAGGACCGAGGAUUCAGAAGCUGGCUGAGACGCUGGGACAGCUGACUGUCAUCUCAAACAGUGCAGCUAUAAGCAUUGAGAAGCUGCCUCUGGCUGCACAAGGCUUAUUCACCUGCCAGGCUUUCUAUGACAUAGAGAACGAGCCCAAAGUCUACUACUACUACGUGCAUCUCAUUGUCCGAGUCCCUGUCACUAAGCCUUCCCUUUCGCUGAGUGUGGAAUCUCCAGUGGAAGGAUCUACAAUGUGGAUGCACUGCGAUUUGGAAAAUGGGACUGGACCGAUCCGGUAUGUGUGGCAACAUGAAACCCACAGUGGUAACAUCACGAUCAUCGCACAGGGCGACAGCAGUGUUAUCAAUGUGACCAACGUCAACCGCAACCACACCGGCUGGUACCGCUGUGUGGCCAGCAACGCAGUUAACAGUGAAAGCUCCAACCGCGUGUGGCUGAACACCAUCUUCGGCCCGGACAUUCCUCAGAUAGACGUGACUCCGUACAGUAUAACAGAGCGGGGUUACUCGGCUCUGGAGAGAGAGACUGUUUCUUUGGUGUGUAAGGCCCAGUCCAAUCCAGCCAGUCAGUACGUCUGGUUCUACAACAACUCGCAGGUCUACAGCGGGGAGAAGUUCACCAUCACCAAGAUCCUCCGCAUGCACACUGGCGACUACGCCUGCUUGGCUCAGAAUACCUACCUUAACACCCGCUCCAAAAAAACCAUCAGCCUGACAGUCUAUUACCCCCCUGAUGGCUCCCCGUCCUGUUCUGUGGAGCCGGCUCUGAAUCACACCUCUCUGAGGCUGCUGUGCUCCUGGCCUGGUGGAUUCCCCUCACCUUCCCUCCACUGGACUGGAGACCUGAUACAAGAUCAGUUCAACACAGCCCAGCAAACAAGUUCAGCCUCCAGCACUGCCAUCAUGCUGCCCUCUGGAGGCCUGACUUCUAAUAACAGUUUGUUCACUUGCCUGGGCUCCCAUCCUGCCCUGAAACAGUCGACACAGUGCAGCACACGCACAUAUAUUCCCCCUGCAGAGCCACUGUGCUUUGCUCAUGUGAAUAAUGACAAACAGUCCUUGAUGCUGUCCUGCUACUGGGAGGGAGGGGCCCCGAAAGCCUUGGUGUGGUGGGAGGGCCCCGAAGGUCAGAGCAAAGGUGGGGAACAAACCUUCAACAUCCUGAACCUCCGCUAUGGCACAGCUCGCAGUGGGAAACCUUACACCUGCCACGCUAAACACCCACUUCUGGUCGAAACCAAGACCUGCAGACUCUCACUGGAGGCACCAGUGCUCCAGACACAGCGCAGAGUCGUGUCUGUGUACGAGGGGAGCGACGUUCAGCUUACCUGCAAUCUGAGAGCCAACUACCUUCCUGUCAAUGAAAUCAUCUGGUUUAAUAAUCAGGGUGUCGGUGUGCAAGACACCUCAAAGUACAUGCUUCUGAGAGCGCCUGAAUGGGCCAAUCUGACUGUGAGAGACACAAAUGAAACUCAAGACAGCGGCGAGUACAGGUGCUCCACUUCCAACGCAGUGGGAGGAACCGAAAUCAAUAUCACUUUAGUCAUCAAGAAGAACCCCAUGCCACCCAAUGCAACCCUGGUCAGAGUGAUGUACACCAGUCGACAGCGUAAUGAGGUGGAGCUGGAGUGGGUGGUGGAGAACCAGGAAGCAGGAGGUUGGACAGGUUUCUUCCUGGAGCACCGAUGGAUGUCUGAGCGACCACAAAGGAAAGGAAGUGGGAAUGAGGAGAAAGUUGGUCCCGUAAUCUGGAACCGUAACAUCCUCCAGGAUCCAGCUGUCAGGAUUUAUACAGUGGGGAGCCUGACGCCAACGGUUACCUACCAGUUUCGCAUCAUACCGGUGAACCACCGCACUGUGGGACACCCUUCUGCUGCACAGACUCCAGCUGAACCACGCUACAAUGUGUACCCUGCUGUGAUUGGAGCAGCUAUUGGUGGGAUGCUCUUUGCAGCCAUUCUUACGGUUCUGCUGCUCAUGUACAUAAUCCGCAACCGCAACAACAACCCUCGACUACAUGACUUGUUAUUUGGCAGGCAGCACAGCCAGUCAAGGGAAAACAUCAACUUCCCAGAGGAUGAAGUGGUCAGCAGGUCAGAGGGAGGAAUAGAGGAGAUUGGUGGAUCAUCCAGCCUAGGUCCAGCCAUGGCUUUACCCCGGGCAUCUUCACCCCUCACUUCUUCACCUAUGAGUGCCACCCUAACACCCACCAGCCAAGCCCCUCCCCCUGGAGACGAUAAUGAGCCAGUCAGCGUCACCAUCACAGUCAAGGCAACAGGCUCAUAG